CCUGAUCUAUGCCACUCGUAGACGCUGCCCUGGAGACAGCCACCCACACUCAUGCGCACUCUGCGAUAAUCGUCUUGGCAGCCAGCGUGUGCCUCAUCUGGUAUGCUGUGGUGCUGCUGGUCUGCGGCAUUGGCUACACGCAAAUAUGGCGACACUACUCACAGCCGGAAGCGGCAGCAGCAGCAGCGAUUGACUCGGCCACUGCUCCUCAUGUCACCGUCAUCCGACCCGUCAAGGGCCUCGAGCCACGUCUCUACGACUGCCUGGCCUCUACUCUAAAACAGCACUAUCCUACCGACAAGCUGCACAUCCGCUUCUGCAUCUCGAAUCGCGACGAUCCGUCCUAUGCAGUACUGCUGCGCCUUCUGGACGAUUACCCCGACCAUGAUGCACAAAUCCUGCUGGAAGACGAGGAUGAGCUGCUCAAAACGAGACAUGGCUCACUUGGGCCGAAUCCGAAGAUCAGGAAUAUGAGUAGAGCGUAUCGGGAAGCUGUUGGCGAUAUAAUCUGGAUCAUAGACUGCAACGUUUGGGUCGCCAAAGGUGUUCUAGGCCGCAUGGUCGCCAAACUAGAGGGUCAUGGUGGAAAGCGGAAAUACAAACUCGUGCACCAACUUCCUCUGGUUGUCGACAUUCUGGGAACAUCGAAAACAGAGGAAACAAAUGGUUUACUGGACGCACAUGACAAUGACACUCAGCUUCGCACCACAAGCUCCGCUUCGGCAUCUUUCCAACAAGGCUUCGAAAGAAAUGCUUCUACCGUCGGCGGAGGACGUCUCGAAGAAGCCUUCAUGUCCUCUGCCCACCCUAAAUUCUACACUGCCAUCAACACCGUUGCUGUGGCACCUUGCAUCGUUGGGAAAAGUACCAUGUUCAGGAAAUCGCAUCUCAAUAGUCUCACUAAUGACGCUGGUAUCGAUUACUUCAGUCAGAAUAUCUGCGAGGACCAUCUCAUCGGCGAUCUACUCUGGAAGAAAAAAGUUCCAGAGGAACUGCGAGGAGAGAAGAUCGGCAAACAUGCCCAAUGCUUCGGCGAUCUGGCUAUUCAGCCCAUGGCGAAUAUGAGUGUGUAUGAGUACUGGAGCCGCAGAGUCAGGUGGUUGAGAGUGCGAAAGUUUACUGUCACACUCGCGACGCUGGUCGAGCCUGGGACCGAAAGCUUCUUAUGCUCAGCCUAUGGCGCAUUCGCGGCGACUACCUUGCCCUACAUAUACGGCACUCUGCACGUCCCGCAGACAUGGGCCGCAUUCGCCGCAAUUUGGCUCUUAAGCGUCGCGCUUUGGUGUGUAGUGGACUGGACAUUGUACCUCAAACUCCACUCAAGUGCGUCAAUCGAACCUGACGAGCAUACACCUUCCUUCGCAAGGAGGAGCAAGACGAAACGACCUUUUGGUGAGUGGCUAUUGGCAUGGAUCGGACGAGAAGCUCUGUGUCUCCCCAUCUGGCUUUGGGCGUUUUGGGGUGGAACACGAGUCGAGUGGAGAGGGAGGAAGUUCUGGGUGGGCAUGGACAUGAAAGUGCAUGAAAUAAACGACAAUGGUGCUCUGCAGGAGGGGGAUGGGCUGCCAGUUACUAGAUCUGCUUCACAUUUAUCCACCGCAAAUGGAAAUCACGGGAAAGCGAGAGUGGACUGA